UCCGUGUGGGAGGCUGUAGGAGGGAAGUGGAUGGCGCUGCCGUCAGUUCACAGGUGCCUCCAACUCCAACAAGAAAAUCAGUUGCUGCUUAAAAAGCUGAGGCACGUACGCCUAAAAAACAAGCAGUUGGAAUAUGAUUGGGCACAGUUACAAGAACAACUGCAAGGGCAAAAGAAGUUACUGCCUACUUGUGUCACAAAGAAAGAUGUGCCAGUUCAAACAGAAAUCCACUUACCCCUUAAAGGCGAUGGGUUUUAUCGUAAGGAACAUGAAGGAGUAAAGGAAAAUGCUAGAGUACUCCAGUUGUAUCAUAAUCUACAGAAAAGGUAUAAUAAAGAAUUAAAAACAAACCAAGGACAAUGUGAAACCAUUGCAAGACUUUCUAUGAAAAUUAAUGAUAUGGAAUACCAGCUUGAUUUAGCAAACCAAAAGAUGAAGAAGCUGGAAAGUAAAAAGAUGUUACCAAAGGACAAACCUGAUCCACUACAGGAAAAAAAUGGGUCUUACAAAUGUGUGUGUAAAAAGAAGGGGAGCUGUUCCUGCAAAUAUUUAGACCAGCUGCUUUUUGAGAUUCAGCAUCUGAAGAUGGAAAAUGAAUCAUUAUCUAAGGAAAGAAGAAUGUUGAGAAAUGAGCUUGCUGCAUUAGACAAGGAUUUUUUUGAUGAAAUAGAAGAUCUAAAAUAUGCACUUCAAGAAGCCAUAAAACUUAAUACUGAAUAUGAAAAGUGUUUGAAACAACUAAGUUCAACAUACAGAAUCACUUCUACAUCAACUUUAAAAGCUGUUAAUGAAACCAGCUACCCCGAGUCCCCUGCAUCGCCCUUGCACGCCCUCCGCCUCAGCUGUGCAGGGACAGCUGCCCAGGAUAACCAUCUCCGAACCAGCAGCAGCAGCAGCCGCCAUGCUCCAGCGGAGAGCGACGCGGCGGCCAAUCAAACGGCUGCCUCAGCGGGGCCAAUGAGAGGCGCGCGAGGCUGGAGAACGAGGCGAUCCAGGAAGCGAGGCAUCCAAUAAG